UCUCUAUGAUUAAGCGCUGGGAGUUGAAGACAACAGAACCUAUACUGGGGUGUGAGCCUGACAAUUUCUCUCUCUGGCCUUCCGAAACCCAAUCGGCAAUCGAUAAACACGGUAAAACAUGGCCUCGAAGGAUGGAGUGAGUGGAGCGGAAGAGUUUGUGUACAGGAUUAGCACCAUUAAGGAAUGGGAAGAGUUGCAGAAAACUGGAUCUCUCUACGGCGGAGAACUUGACAAGUCUUCUGGUUUCAUCCAUCUCAGCAAACGCCAUCAGGUACAGUCAACAUUGCAGAAUUUUUUCUUGAACACUAAGGAGGAGUUGUACUUGCUUCAAAUUGAUGCUAAGAUGCUUGGUGAUGGAUUGGUACAUGAAGUUGUGGAUGGUUCCAAUAGCUUCCCUCAUUUUUAUGGCCCAUCCCGAAGUUUCAGUCCUCUCCCCUCACAUGCGGUCAUGAAAGCAGAGAAGCUGUCUCUAUCAGGUGGCCAGUUCAGAUGUAGUUUGCUGGAGUUCAAUCUUCUGCAUAAAGCAAGUGCCUUGGAAUGAUUUUGAAGUAACCGAGUUGUAUCUGCUUCUCUCAGUUAGUGAUGAGAGUGUUAUUAUUUGAAACAAUUAUCGAUAACAUGAUUUUGGAUAAUCAAUCUUCUCACUCAUUGGUCUUGUACUGUUCUUGCUUUGUUUUAAUUUGUCACCAGGAGAUAGCGGUUUGAAUAUGUGAAACACAGACAUAAAUGUGGACACAAGUUCCCUGGCCCCUGGCAUUAUUGUUAUUGGAUAUGUGAAAUCGUGUUGACUGCUGAGUGCUGAGAACAAUACAUACACACAAUUUGUGAAAGUUGCUUUGCUAGUCCUUUCAAUGAAAUUUUACUCGAGAAGAUUCCAAAUUUCACUUUUCUUUUUAAGUUAGCUUCUGUUGAUGAGCCUAUACUGUCAGGCAAGUGUGUAUGGCCACCCGAUAUCUAAUUCA